CCUCCCUGUGAAGUAAAGUAUAAAAGAUAGGACUCCUCAUUGACCAUCACACAAUCUACACUGAAGUUCUGAAAGUGAAGAUUUGACAAAAGAUACAUAAUGGCAGUCAUGAGAGCUCUUGUGCUUCUUUUCUUGGUCUUUUCUGUUGGGAAUGCAGCAGCUCAAGAGAAAUGCCCACAUGGAUGGACACCUUUUGGUGUGAAAUGCUACAAAUUCUUCUCUCAGUCAGUGGACUGGGUCACAGCUGAGAAAAACUGUCAAUCCAUUGAUGCAAAUCUUGCAUCUGUGCGCAGUACGGUGGAAUACAACUUUCUCCUGAGUCUGCUUGCUGACACACAUGCUUGGAUUGGUGGUCAAGAUGCUGAAACUGAAGGACAAUGGCUGUGGUCUGAUGGAUCUCAAUUUGACCUUACCAACUGGUGCUCUGGACAACCUGACAAUUAUGAUGGUAAAGAGCACUGCCUGGAGAUAAACUUUAGCAAUAACCGUUGCUGGAAUGAUCAGCCCUGUUCAUACACAAAGAGCUACAUUUGUGCCAAACCUCUGAGAUCAUAAAAAAUCAAUCUGUUUCAAAUGUACUAUGAUUGUACUACAUGCCUAUACAUUUUUUUUUCUGAUCUUAUUCUUAAAACUCAGUAUCCUAUCUGAACUUUUCUGAA